CCAUUUGCAGAUCGUUUACGCUACUAACUACAUUCAUUUGGCUUUCUUUUACUACGAAAGCGAAUAUCCCUAUUUUAUCUAUAGAGAUGUAGCCCCUAGGUCUUUUGAACCGACUCGCGCGGUAAUCCAUUUUGCGUAGAUUUUUUUUUGCAAUAUUUCCUUAAUUACUGAUAAUCGUGUAGUUUGUGUUUGUUGUAGUUAGAUGUAAAUAUUUGUUUGUUGUUCACACUCGAAACUUUGCACAAAGUCAGCAUCGUAAUCUUGAAGAAUGGGGCACCUCUUGAGGGGAGCCUUUGUGCUUGAUGUCGGCGCGAAAGACGAUGAAGGCAUGUCCCUAGACGAAGGCAGACAGUCACAGAGGCCGUACAGAUAUGGCAUGGUGCUGCUGUGCGCCGGCGCGCUGAUCAACUGGCUGGGCCUGGCGGAAGACUACGCAGAGCCCGUGCGCUACGUGGGCGUGGCCUGCAUCGUCGCAGGAGCGCUGCUCAUCUGCGCAGCCAUGUGUUGCUGGCUGCAGUCGCCCGCGAGGCAGCCGCAGACGGACCGCGCAUCGCCUGACACACAUCAAAUUGACGAUCCCAUCCAUGUAAUCUCGAUGCCGGAUGAGGAGACAAUGCAGCAGAAGCCGCCAGACUAUGACACGGUGGCGGGAGCCCCGCCGACCUACGACGACGCCAUCAAGCUGAACCCCGCGCGGCUGCUGCCGGCCACCAGCAGCGCGCGCCACGAGCUGCACCUCACCGAGGCCGCCGUCAUCCCGGGCCAGCCCGACACCGUCGCGCCCGUGCACCGCGCGCAGGUCCCCAAGACGCCGCCGCCGCCCUACAACCCCACGCACACCAUCAGAUGAAGGCCCGCACCACCUUCUUGUUACUUUAAAUCGACUGCUGUUUCAUGUGAUGAGACUCGUAUAUAGCAAGUAGUCCACACUGUUGGUAUAACAACAGUGCAAUGGUAUUAUAUUUAUAUUGUACGUACAUAUCCUAACAUGAAACUAUUGUUUUUAUUUAACGUAGGUUGUCGAGUAUAUGGAGCGUUGCGUACUUAUGUGAUAAUAGGGAAGUUAUUAUUAGUUACUUAUUUCCUCCUCUGUACAUAAUUAUAAAAUUUUGUAAAAUAGUUUUUGUUAAAAUGUACCUGUAGUUAGGCAGAUAAGUGAACUCUUCCAAUAAUUAUUUUGUAAAUUGUGUUCCGAGCAGAGCACCUCUGUGGUUCCAAAUAAUUGUAAAGUAGGCUAAGUCAUCGGUCCGGCGCCGGCGCCGCCCGAGAGCCGGCCAGGCGACGACAGACGUCCACACAUAUCUGUUGCUAUCAAUUAUAAUAAGUAAACACGCAGUAGUUGUGUCCUACGUCACGUGCCAUUUGUACUGAGUCCUGAAUGUGCUCACUGGUGUGUACUCACGUGGAUGUUAUCAGUAACUGCUGAUUCCUUUGCUAUAAUUUUGCUCACAAACUUUUAUAGACAAGGCGCACUACUAUCGUUUUGUUGCACGCAGUUGUAAAGUACAAUACGAUCAAGUUGUACCUACACAAACCUUAAAGUAUAGUCUUCUCGUUUUUGACGACUUAAGGUGAAAUGAAAAAUUUUCUCUGAACAAUUUUGUGUUCUCAAAAAUGUGAAUAAUAUUUCAAACUCAUUGUUAGCAUGUCGUUGUGAUAAAGACUAUUAGUAGGUUUCACCGUUUAAGUGAUAUAUCACGUUUAUUAUCUUAGUAGGGGUAAUAUAGUUUUCUGUUCCGAUUUGUCUAUUCUAGUCUUGAAAUUAAAGCAUAUUUACUUAAAUAUUCUGUUAGAUCAUCCAGUCAUGCAUAAUAAUUUGUAACUUGUACAUAUUCUGAUUGCACAACUUAAAGAUUUCGAACAAAGUGCUCAUUAUAAAAUUGUUUACCUAAUCGAAAUAAGUCAAACAUGCUCAAUCGACUGUACAAUUUGUGACAAGUGCUAGUCAAUCCGUCCAACGCAAGAAAUAUCAAACAGCCUACUAUUUCAUAUUUAGAUUGACAACUGGGCAUGUUAACUGCAGUUGGUUUAAAGUUGAUCACGCAAAACAAAACACUAACGCAGUUCAUUCUUUCGAUGUAGAAAACUAAAUUAAACUGUCAUUAUGAUAGGUGGACACUAACGAGUUGAUAGUCGAUAAGGAGUAUAAGACUCUAGAACCUUCUUGUUCUAUAGAUCUCGUGGCCUAAGCCUUACAGCUUUAGAAGUGUAGGAUUGCAUGAUAGGCAUAUUUAUAUCAUCAAUGACAAUCAUAAAUAGCUUUGUGCUUUCGAAUGAUAAAAAUGGGACCAAUACUGUUUAUAAGUAAUACUUAAAUCGUGUGCUUAACUAAUUGAUUCAAAAAGCGCGUGCCUGCAAGUCUUUAUGAGGAUUUUACAAUGCUGAAGUUGUGCAUUUAUUAUUUGUACAUUGUACAAAGUUCAGAAGUUAAGAGUGUAAAUAAAACAAAAAAUAAAUGUUGUUGAAAGAUA